AGUUCCUGUGUGGUUUGCCUACAGACUGCAGGGCAGACUGGGGGGAGUUUGGAGGAGGGAGUCAGAAGCGGGGAGGAGGACGCACGACUAAUGGAGCUGUGAGCGUGUACCCUCUUUGAGUGUGGUACUUGGAAGACAGCACGAGGUGGAUCUGUACUCUGAAAUGCAGUAAUUUUGAUGUUUGAAUUCAUCUUCCUUCUUGCAAGAGAGGAUUCUAAUAACUCGGUGUCAAAGCCAAGACACAGAGUCAGCCUCUUCUCUUCUCAAAGCUUCACGGGACAACAUGGAAGCCAUCGCCAAGUUUGACUUCACCGCCUCAGGGGAGGAUGAACUGAGCUUUCACACUGGAGAUGUUCUGAAGAUCUUAAGUAACCAAGAGGAGUGGUUCAAGGCGGAACUUGGGAGCCAAGAAGGAUAUGUGCCCAAGAAUUUUAUAGACAUCCAGUUUCCUGAAUGGUUUCACGAAGGCCUCUCGAGACACCAGGCAGAGAACUUACUCAUGGGCAAGGAGGUCGGUUUCUUCAUCAUCCGGGCCAGCCAGAGCUCCCCCGGGGACUUCUCCAUCUCCGUCAGGCAUGAGGAUGAUGUUCAGCACUUCAAGGUCAUGAGAGACAACAAGGGUAAUUACUUCCUGUGGACAGAGAAGUUUCCAUCUCUCAAUAAGCUGGUGGAUUACUACAGGACGGCUUCCAUCUCCAGACAGAAGCAGAUCUUUCUGAGGGACAGGACCCGAGAGGAUCAGGGUCGCCGGGGCAGCAGCCUGGACCGGAGGCUCCAGGGAGGCCCACACCUCAGUGGGGCUGUGGGAGAGGAAAUCCGGCCUUCGAUGAACCGGAAGCUGUCAGAUCACCCACCACCGGCUCCCUUGCAGUAUCCCCCGGCACCGCCACCACAGCAGCAGCGGUAUCUGCAGCAUCCCCAUUUUCAUCAGGAACGCCGUGGAGGCAGCCUUGACAUAAACGAUGGACACUGUGGCAUGGGCAUGGGCAGUGAAAUGAACGCCGCCCUCAUGCACAGGAGACACACAGACCCGGUGCAACUCCAAGUGGCUGGGCGAGUGCGGUGGGCCCGUGCACUGUACGACUUCGAGGCCCUUGAGGACGACGAGCUGGGGUUCCGCUGCGGAGAGGUGGUGGAAGUCCUGGAUAGCUCCAACCCGUCCUGGUGGACCGGCCGCCUGCACAACAGACUGGGCCUCUUCCCCGCCAACUACGUGGCGCCCAUGACCCGGUGAAGCCCUUCUGAGCAGUCAGAGGCUCUCAUCUGAAGCUGCCUGCAAGAGAGGGGGCAAGGAAGAAAAGCUGGGACUAUGUUUGCGUGUACAUAUGUGUGUGUGUGUCUACACAUCUACACAUAGAGAUAUGCCUAUGCAUACACACAUUUUACAAUAGUAAUUUAUUGGCAAUUUAGUUGGUUAAUUAGUUGAUAUGAACGGAACUCAAGUAGGGAAUUACAUUCGUACUUGUUUUUCUACUCCCCUCAGGGGCUAUGCAUGCAGAAGGCAGUGGGGAGUUGGGAAGCACGGGGCAGGGAAAUGAAACUGAAAUUCUUCCUGUCCUUAAGAUGGCACCGCUUCCUCUUUGUCUGGGGAAUUUUCACGGAAAGGAGCUAAGCAGAAAUCCACACCCUGGCAUUGGACCAGAACAAGAGGGUGGAGUUGGACCUGGACUUGGUGGGGCAUGUUCUGGCUCACCUGCAGGCCCUGCUCACCUUGAG